GUUUUGUUUUUUUUAUAUCAUGUAUUUUAUGUUUUAGGAUUUUUUAAAUCCAAUGUAGCAUAUUUGUCAAACGUACACAUUUUAAAAAACAUUAUUAUUCCAUGUAAUAGAUUUUUUGUUGGAGAAAGCAUGGCUACUAGAAUUACUAAGAAUGUGCGAGAAAACCCCCGCCCUUCCUCUAAUUCUUUUACACAUCUCCAUUCUCCACCCUCCUCUCGAUCCUUCCCUUUUCUUCUUCUUCUUCUUCUUUUUACCGCCAUUUUCCGACAUUAUAAAUACCCAUCAACAACACCAUCUCAAACAAACAAGCAAACAAACAAAACAUCACCAUUACAAACAAUCCAAAAAAACUUGAAUCAUUCCGAUCAAUUUUAAGUUUCCAUAACCAUGUCAAAAUCCCAAGGUGGAAAAGCCAUUGGAAUCGACUUAGGAACAACCUACAGUUGUGUAGGUGUUUGGCAAAACGACCGCGUCGAGAUCAUUCCAAAUGAUCAAGGAAACAGAACAACCCCAUCGUACGUCGCGUUUACCGACACCGAACGUUUAAUCGGUGACGCCGCAAAAAAUCAAGUCGCAAUGAACCCUCAAAACACCGUUUUCGACGCUAAACGUCUCAUCGGUCGACGCUUUUCCGAUCCGUCAGUACAAUCCGACAUGAAAUUAUGGCCGUUUAAGGUUGUUCCCGGUGAAGGUGAUAAACCGAUGAUUAUCGUCUCAUAUAAAGGAGAACAAAAAAUGUUCGCUCCUGAAGAGAUUUCUUCAAUGGUUUUAACCAAAAUGAAGGAAAUCGCUGAAGCUUAUUUAGGACAGAGUAUUAACAAUGGUGUUGUAACUGUUCCUGCUUAUUUUAAUGAUUCACAAAGGCAAGCUACAAAGGAUGCUGGAUCGAUUUCUGGGUUGAAUGUUUUGAGGAUUAUUAAUGAGCCUACUGCUGCUGCUAUUGCUUAUGGUUUGGAUAAGAAGGGUUCUAGAUCGGGUGAGAAAAAUGUGCUGAUAUUCGAUCUUGGUGGAGGUACUUUCGAUGUUUCUAUACUCACCAUUGAAGAAGGGAUUUUUGAGGUUAAGGCUACUGCUGGUGAUACUCAUCUUGGAGGGGAAGAUUUUGAUAAUAGAUUGGUGAAUCAUUUUGCUGCUGAAUUUAAGAGAAAGCACAAGAAGGACAUAUCAGGAAACGCCAGAGCUUUAAGAAGGUUAAGAACAGCUUGUGAGCGAGCUAAGCGGACACUAUCUUCAACCACUCAGACAACAAUCGAGAUCGAUUCCUUAUUCGAAGGGAUCGAUUUCUAUGCAACAAUCACACGUGCAAGAUUCGAGGAACUCUGCAUCGAUUUAUUCAGAAAAUGUAUGGAUCCUGUCGAGACCUGUCUAAGGGAUGCCAAGAUCGAUAAGAGUAAAAUUGAUGACAUUGUCUUAGUAGGUGGCUCGACGAGGAUUCCCAAAGUCCAACAACUUUUACAAGAUUUCUUCAACGGAAAGGAGCUUUGUAAGAGCAUAAAUCCCGAUGAGGCUGUUGCGUAUGGUGCAGCCGUGCAAGCUGCUAUAUUGUCAGGUGAAGGUGAUCAGAAAGUUCAAGAGCUUUUGUUACUUGAUGUAACACCGUUGUCUUUAGGAAUCGAGACUGCUGGUGGUGUUAUGACUGUUCUUAUACCGAGAAAUACAACAAUCCCAACUAAAAAGGAACAGAUUUUCUCUACUUAUUCGGAUAAUCAGACUAGUGUGAUGAUCAAAGUGUAUGAAGGGGAAAGGCAUAUGACUAAGGAUAAUAACAUGUUGGGUACCUUUGAACUUAAGGGUAUCCCUCCAGCUCCUAGGGGUGUCCCUCAGAUUAAUGUAUGUUUUGAUAUUGAUGCUAAUGGGAUAUUGAAUGUGUCGGCUGAGGAUAAAACGGCUGGUGUGAAGAACACGAUUACGAUCACGAAUGAUAAGGGAAGGUUGAGUAAGGAUGAGAUUGAGAGAUUGGUGAAGGAAGCUGAGAAGUAUAAGGCAGAAGAUGAGGCUGUUAAAAAGAAGGUGGAUGCUAAGAAUUCACUUGAGAAUUAUGCAUAUAAUAUGAGGAAUACUAUAAAGGAUGAAAAAAUUGGGGGGAAGUUGGAUAGUGGUGGUAAGAAUAAGAUUGAGAAGGCUAUUGAUAAUGUUAUUGAAUGGUUGGAUAAGAAUCAGUUGGGUGAAGUUGAGGAGUUUGAGGAUAAGCAGAAGGAAUUGGAGGAUUUGUGUAAUCCAAUUAUAGGGAAAAUGUGUGGUGGUGGGAUGAAUAUGGGCGGUGAUAUGCCGGGUGGUGGGAAUAGUGGUGGUGGUGGUAAUGCUGGUGCUGGGCCUAAGAUUGAGGAGGUUGAUUAAGGGAUGUUUGAGGUCUGUUAUUUAUACUCUUCGACCUUCGUUUUGCUUCAUGUACUCGUGUCUGAUCCUUGAUCCUCGGACAUUACUAUGUCACUUAUAUGGUUCAUUUUAGGCGUAAAAUUAAAUAUUUAAAUGUAUCUGAUACUUGGACACGUAUUAGUAUCCAAUAUCAGUACCCGAGUCCAAGUAACGUAAUUUGAGGUGAUAUAAAUUUCUUUAUUGUUUUGUAAUUAUGUUUAAUCUGGUGUUUUUUUUUUCUUUAAAUUAAGUAAAAUAAAGCUUUUAGUUAUUUAUGUGUUGUAUAAUACAGAAAUGAGUGAGUAGUAGUAUAUAUAUUGUAAUAAUACAUUCUAGCUGUUAAUGUUUU